AUGGCUUCCGUGGUAGAGGGGGUUUCCUCUGAAAUGACACUGGAGUUUUACCGUAAAGCUUUAAAUUACAAUGUGAUCGGAAGAUAUGACCCCAAGAUCAAACAACUACUGUUCCACACGCCACACGCUUCGGUAUACAAAUGGGAUUUUGGGAAGGAUGAAUGGGUCCGUCUUGAGUAUCAAGGUGUGCUUGCUAUUUACCUAAGAGAUAUAUCGCAAGGUGACGAAUUCCUGCAGGAAGAGACUGAGGAAGAGAGAUCCAUUUUGGCGUUACCCAGCCGUCCUAACGGGCCUGAACACAACUUAGAGGUGCUCAAAGGCCGCGACAUAUACAACUAUGGGCUAAUACUGCUUAAUCGUAUGAACCCGGAGAAUUUCUCGAUCGGAAUUGCUCCCAACAGUGUUAUAAACAAACGCAGACUGUUUGCGCCUCAUGAGGAUUCGCAACAACCACUGGAAUGCAUGAAGGUAGAGGUUAAAGAUGAUUUGGUGAUUAUCAAAAACCUGCGACAUGAAGUGUUUGGCAUCUGGAUACACACAGUGCCGGAUCGGAAAAAUGUUUACGAGCUUAUUAAGUAUUUGCUCGAAAAUGAGCCCAAAAGUACCUUUACCUGA